GGCUUUACCUGGGUCUCUUUAAGAGCCCGAGCCUCGCCGUUCGGAGGGGUGGCGGAGGGAGCGAGCUCUGGAUGCUGCUGCCCGCUGGUCUCCGGAAGCAGCGUCCCCCGGAGCUGCUGUCUCUUUAAGGAGGCGGGGCUCUGCCCGGAGGAGGCAGAGAAGUUCUGCCCCCCGGAUCUCCGGUUUCCGGCCACUCGGCGGGACCAGGAUCUGAGCUGAAUCUGAGGCCGGAGGCUUCCCGGGACCCGCUGGGCGUCGAGCCCCCCUCCCCGAGAUGAGGAAACUGAGGCAUCCCCGCCCCCCGCCAGAAGCCCGCAGUCGAACAGCGAGAAGCAGCAGAAUUGAGAAUGAAACCCAGACAUCCACAAAUUUUCUUCCCACUAAUUGGGAGAAGACCCAUUGGCUGAAUGGCAGCUGUAGAUGACUUGCAGUUUGAAGAAUUUGCUGAUUCAGCCACUUCUCUAGCAGCAAACCCAGAUGCCACCACGAUCAGCAUUGAGGAUCCUGGUGAAACCCCCAAACAUCAGUCAGGACCCUCAAGAGGCUCAGGGAGAGAAGAGGAUGAUGAACUACUAGGAAAUGAUGACUCGGACAAAACUGAGUUACUUGCUGGACAGAAGAAAAGCUCCCCCUUCUGGACAUUUGAGUACUAUCAAACAUUCUUUGAUGUAGACACUUAUCAGGUCUUUGACAGAAUAAAAGGGUCUCUUCUACCAAUACCAGGAAAAAACUUUGUGAGGUUAUAUAUCCGCAGCAAUCCAGAUCUCUAUGGCCCCUUUUGGAUAUGUGCCACACUGGUCUUUGCCAUAGCAAUUAGUGGGAAUCUUUCCAACUUCUUAAUCCAUCUGGGAGAGAAAACGUACCAUUAUGUGCCUGAAUUCCGAAAAGUGUCCAUUGCGGCCACAAUCAUCUACGCCUACGCCUGGCUGGUCCCCCUCGCUCUCUGGGGUUUCCUCGUGUGGAGAAACAGCAAAGUGAUGAACAUCGUUUCCUACUCGUUUUUGGAGAUCGUGUGCGUCUAUGGGUAUUCGCUCUUCAUUUACAUUCCCACGGCGAUACUGUGGAUCAUCCCCCAGAAAGCUGUCCGCUGGAUUCUCGUCACGAUUGCCCUGGGCAUCUCAGGCUCUGUCUUGGCAAUGACAUUUUGGCCAGCUGUUCGUGAGGACAACCGACGCAUCGCGUUGGCCACGAUUGUGACAAUUGUGCUGCUUCACAUGCUACUCUCUGUGGGCUGCUUGGCCUACUUUUUUGAUGCACCAGAGAUGGACCAUCUCCCACCAGCCACCGCAGCUCCAAACCAAACAGUUGCAGCAGUCAAGUCCAGCUAAAGAGGAAAGGGAGCGAUUGUAUUUGCAUCUCCUUGCGGUGAGUUCUCUUUGACGGUUUGCGGAGUGUGUGUUCUUUUGGACAUGGCAUCCACUGCAGGAAAGCAGAAUGACCAAAGGCAGCAGGGACACUGAUGGCAUGGCCCCAACCCCCGACAUCAGGAUAGUGCUGCCCUGAAGCCUGAAUCACCUAUUUAAUAAACAGAAAUGAAAUGUG